AUGAGCACAACACACGAUCAGGCCACCAUCGCAUCCUACAAGAAAAAAAAAUUUGAGAUAACGUUCAAGUACAUGGAUGUUAACAAAGACGGGAUUCUAGAUAUGGAAGAAUUUAUGUAUUUCCCUAAGAAACUGAUCAGCAGCGGAAAGAAGGAACUGGGAGAACAGCUGACAGCAAUGUAUAAUGAAGGUUGGGGCAGACUUUGUGACGCGAUCAACCUUCCGCGGGACACCGCUUCCCUUACCAAGGAUCAGUGGCUCACUGCACAUCAAGAGGUAAACAAGACAGCCUGGUUUGCGGAAACUGCAAUCCCGUCAUCUGCCAGAAUUUACUUCGACAGCCUUGACAGCGAUCACGAUGGUACUAUCAGCUUAAAACAAUGGCGCGAGUACAAUAAAAACAGAGGGUUAACGGACGAGAGCGUCAUCCAGUCUACAUUUAAUCGCUUGGACACGGACGGAGAUGGACGGAUCAGUCGAGAAGAGAUGAAACAUGCGAUUGUACAGUUCCAUCUCGGAGAAGAUCCUUCAGACGACUAUUCAUUCCUAUACGCCAUCAACUGA